UGGUAUAUCAAAGGUCGUGGUGUGUGCUAACCUGUCUGUUUGAUGAUGGUGGAAAUACAACAUGUAUGAUGACAAAGACUGACCGAUUCAGAGAUGAAAGUCAACAAGGAUUCUUUUGUUUUGGGAUCCAAAGUCCUACUAGUGCCAUACAAACGACACCAUGUGUUGAAUUCAAACAUGCUGUCCUGGGCACCACCUCAACUAUCUGGGCUGGCUGUCUGUUUUACAUAUAUAGUUUUCCAGACCUUUUUUUUUUUGGUGCAAAUUUAAGAUAUCACAAGUGGAUGCAGUCGGAAGAACUACAGACACUGACGGCCUCAGAGCCUCUCUCACUGGAGGAGGAAUACGACAUGCAGAAGAAGUGGCAAGAGGAUGAAGACAAGUGCACCUUCAUUGUGUUGGAUUUACUAAAGUAUAAAAAUGGACAAAAGAAACAAGAGGAUAAUGAAAUAGAUUCAAUGAUCGGAGACGUGAAUUUGUUCCUGAAUGAUGUGUCAAACAGAAAAAACGCUGAGAUUGAAAUCAUGAUUGCAGAAGAGACAUAUCGGGGUAAAGGCUUGGGAAAAGAAGCAUUACUCUCAAUGAUGAGAUAUGGUGUUGAAGUACUGCACUUGGACCGGAUAACAGCCAAGAUAGGAUAUGACAACAAACCAAGUAUCUGCAUGUUCAUGAAGCUUGGUUUUACAGAGGUUUCAAGGAGUGAUAUUUUCCAAGAGGUGACACUGGAAUUGAACAUCAUGGAUGGUGUACGAGUUAUGAUUGAAGACGACACCCCACAUUUCAAGAUUGAGAUGAAGGGAUGACAGUAACUGAAAUAUCAGCUUCAUGGUUCAUAAACAAUGUCAGCCGUCAGUCUAUUAGCCAUCAAUCAAAGAUAAAUGGUAGAAACCAGAAUUGUAGGCACCAAAAACAAUUCUGAGUCAGAGUUGAACUGUGGCAACCAGUUACCGACCAUGUUCAAUCCAAGGGUUGUAUUAUGUGAUGCAUAAUGUCAUGAAUCCUUGUCAAAAGGUAAAAGGAAGUGGUUCCAGUUUCAUGACUGAAAGACAUAAUAGGCCAACAUCAGGCCCCCCCCCCCCCCCCCCCCCCCCAUUUAUAAUAUUUAACAAAAUCAGGCUUAGGACAUUGCUAAGCUUUUCAUGAAUUUAUAAGACAGCAAUCGGUGAAAACAUCUAAGAAUAUAAAAUGUUAGCAAGCCAGUCUGCCAGAGUAAAUGGCAGAACAUUGUAUGAUCCUACAUGAUCCACGGUUGAAUGAACAUGAACAUCCAUGACUAGAUGCAUUCCAUGUCCAGGGUUUCUGCCAGAGGGUAAAAUGGGUAUGGUGCCAUAUCCAGAUUUUUUGGCAGAUUUAUUUUUAAAAGUUAAUCUUUUGACAAAAUUAAUUACUCUUAUUAUUAAUGUGCAGUAAUCUG